AUGUGGUUAGUCAGUGAGCGUCGGAGCCGAGCCGACGGCGACGGCGAGUGUAACGAAGUCGAAGUGAAGAGCGCGGGAGAGCCGCGCUGCUCGCUAAGCCAGCGCGCCGGCCACAGCACGGUGGAGUUCAAGAGCACGGCGUGCGCGGGGGCCGGCGAGCCUCACGCGCCGCCUCUCGCCGCCCUGCCGGACCCACAGCAGUUCAACAUCUUCCCGGCCUUCUUCAGCCGCCAACUCAACUUCACGGGCGGCGGUGGCUGCGGGCAAGGCUCUAAGAUCAUGGAGGAGCUGCGGCCGAACCUAGUGGGAGGAUUACUCGGUGUACCUGGCUUGCUGGACGAACAUCAGGCGGAUGCCAAGUUCCUCACUUCUGGCGGCGAGAGCAAAUACACGCCCGACAAGAGCCGUAAGUGCAGCAACGCUUCUUCAUCAUCGGCGGAAGAAUUCGGCGGUCUGUACGGAGGGGAACACGCUGCCACGCCUCCAGCACCUCCACUCAGUAGAUCCUUGCAUGACAACACAGAGGGAGCGUUUAAAAAGUUAAAGCCGGAGCCUGGUGGGAAUGGGUCCGGUGCGUCAAGUGGUAAUUCAGCACUAUCGCCGGCUCUAGGACCACAGCACGCGGGCCACACGCCAACAACUGCAUCAUGUCCGACGCCAGCGAGGAGAAGACAUCGAACAACAUUCACACAGGAACAAUUAGCAGAGCUAGAAGCGGCAUUCGCAAAGUCACAUUACCCGGACAUUUACUGUAGGGAGGAGCUGGCGAGAACUACGAAAUUAAACGAAGCCAGAAUACAGGUCUGGUUUCAAAACCGCCGCGCGAAGUAUCGGAAACAAGAGAAACAGUUGCAGAAGGCAUUGGCGCCGGCCGUGCUGCCUGGCUGCAAUGGAAUGAUGAGGAACAUUCAGGGCUACCGAGGAUACCAGCCCUAUCCACACCCCAACACCAUCAACCGGUAUCCACAGUUUUCCUUCUAUGAACAGCAUCACGGCAGCUACGAAGAACUACAGAAGGAUAUAUUUUCUUUAUCACAAAUGGGAGGUGGAUCGUACCCUAUGCCACAAGGAUUCUCUAUGGGGCACAGUGCAAACAUGAGCGCUGUUGGAAUGAGACAAGACACUAUGGGCAUGAGUGCAGAAGACGAAUGGUACAACAAAUCUCUGUCAGCACUCCGGAUGAACAGCGGGCACCACGCGAACCUAGCGGCGGCGCCAAUGCUCCAGUACCAGACCUAAUCGUUGCUACACGGCGCUGACUACUCACCAGCGCCGGCGC